UAUUAUAUAUAUAUGAGUAGUUUACACCACUGAGUACAACCUACGAGCACAAGCUACGAGGAGAUAAACUUAGGAGGCAUAGACUACCGAAGUAGUUUGACAAGCUACAAUCUACCAGACAACUAUCUUGGCAUUCAUGCCAUACUAUCUUUUGGCUUUUGUGCCUUUAAUCUAUUUGGAAAACUAUUGUGAGUCAUUGUUGGACUCACGAACGCUCAAGAAUAAAGACUCGCGGUUGUACUCAGACAGAGGAGAUAAGUUUUAUUCAUACUUAUUGAUAUUAUUAUUAAGACACUUAUCUACUUUAGUAUUUACGCGUUGGUUAAUAAAUUGUUUGAGAAAUAUAACUGGCUCACACUAUCUUUGUUGCGUGUGGAAAUAGAACCAAAAUUAAUAGUUAUUCUUUCGGGACCACGCACGUAACAUGCACAAUGAUCAAAACAAAACAAUGGCGAGCUUGCGGGGUUGUGUAAUCCAUUUUAAAGGUGAAAAUGGGCCAUUGACUGAUUUUACCGAGACAUCUUUGAAAAAAGUUUUACAUUGUCACGAGCUUUGGUUACUAUACAAUGGUGAGCAGAAAGACAACGCUGAAAAGAACAAAAAUUUGAUGAAAAAAAUUCAGUCCAUGAAAAGUCCUUUGGCUGAGUACCGUGGAGAGUUAAAGUACCAUAGAAAUUGCUAUGCAAAGUUCACUAAUGUCGGCCUAAUUAGACGGGCUGAAAAAAGAAUGAGCAAAAAGUUUGAAGCUUCAGCAGCCACUGUCAAUGAAAACUAUAUACAAGAAAAUAAGUCGACAGAUGUAAAUGAGCCUCACACGAAACUGCUACGAUCAUCCUCGUUUUGUCAUGACAGUUCUAAACCUCCGAUAAAAACUAAAGCAGUUUUGCCAUCAAUAUGCAUAAUAUGCAAGCAAGAAAAGUCCUUCGUCACUCAAUCGGAAACUAGAAAACGAGUUCUAGACAAACUAGUUACCGCAGAAACGAAAGAUGGCGGAAAACUACGUGAAGCUGCAACCAGGAAAGAGGACCGAAGAAUUCUGGUCCACAUAUUAGACAAGGAAUGUAAUGCCCUGGAAGUAAAGUAUCAUAGUAAAGGCUACAAAAGCUACACGUCAUUUCUUUAUAAUACUACCUGUGCAAAAAAGUCAAAUGAAAGUAGUUCUGGUCGCAAAUGCUUAUAUGAAGAGUCAUUCGCAGAUUUUUGCAAAUUUAUCAAGAAAGCAAUCAUAGAAAAUCAUGGAAUCUAUUACAUGAAUGUUCUUAAAGAUAAGUUUGUCAAAACAGUUAGAUGCUUCGAGAAUGCCGAUGCUUCAAGCUAUAGGACUUCACGAUUGAAGGAACGUUUGCUAGACAGAUUUCCCCAGCUUGUAUUCUUCACUCCGAAAGUCCGCAAUAAGAAGGAAAUACUGCAGUAACUACGCCUCUGAAGGUGACGGCCCAAUGAAAGAGCCGGAUGAGUGCGCUGAUAGCGAUUACGAUGAUACCGACGAUACACAUGAAAACUUCAUAAACGAUUUCAAUGAAAUGUUCUAUUAAGAAUUCACUGCUUAGCAGUGUGUACAGCAGGAGCUGGAUGCCGACCAAAGGAUUCUGAGUACGCAAUCUCAUGUGCCAAUUUAUUAUCGUUAUAUUAUUUACACAAAAAGAUGAAGGACUCCUUCGCAAUUCAA